AUGGUGCCCUUCCCUCGCGCGACCAACGGCACGCGUGUGCUCCUCUUCAAGAACGCGGCGCUGCAAUGGCAGAUAGCCACCGUGAACAACAGAACCGGGUUCUACAACAACCUCAGCCUCUUCAACGCGCGUGUCCGAGGCAACCUCUCGAGGCUCACCUCCACGGCCGACUGUCUACGAUCGUACGUGUACUGCAUGAUGCAGUUCUCUCUCACUGGCCAAAACCGGUUCACAACUACGACCAGGAACUUCGGACCCGACCCCUUCAACUACUGGACGCACGUGGCGUGCGUCUACAACUCGACCAACAUCUGCGUCUACGUGAACGGGACCCGCCUGUCGUGCAGCGCCGCUAUUUCGCGCCUGACUUUCCCCUACAAUCCUGUGACCACCCUCAUCGGCAACACUGCGGUCAAUGGGACAGUCGGCCUGUGGGGCUGCAUCGACGAGCUCAAGAUCUACGACCACGCCCUGAGCGAUAGCCAGCUCUAUGCCCUGGCCCACCCCACCGCAGGCAAUGUGCCACCGGCGGUCACCAUAGGCCUCAACACGGUGCUUAGCGUGCCGCAGGCCAAGAUCGACCAGAACGGAAUCACCGCUCCGGCGCUCUCCUCCAUCGUGUUGAACACCACGAACCUCGACACCACAGCGGCCUUCAGCGGCAGCCCGAACGUGAGCACGCUCUACUCGUGGACGAUACUCAGUAGCAACUGCGGCCUCGUCGAUUCCAACCAGACCACCACUGAGUCGCCGCUGCUCAGCCUGUUGGACGUCGGCAACUUCCAACUCCAGCUCUGCGCCUCGGACGGUGAGACCGCGAGUGUGUUCUACGUGCAGGCCUUUAUCAACCCCAGCGUGCCCUACUUCUCCGUGACGCCUGUUACAGCUGUGACUGUCGAGCUCGGUGCGGCCGUGGAGCUCCAUGUCGAAGCGGUGAGUGUGCCGGCGGCCUCCUAUCAAUGGCAGUACCUCACCUACGAGAACUCGACCGAUACCACCAACUCGACCGAAACGACUACCUUCGCGACGAUGGAGAGAAGCUUCGAGUACCUGAGCCUCGCGAUGCACGACCCCAAUCAGUCCUACCGGUACCUUCGCGAGGUGCCGUACGUCGAGGAGAGGGACGACCUGAUCCAGGUCUGGGUGAACUUCCCCAACCAGACCAGAAGCACGUUCCUCAUGAACUCGACUGACAUCGCCAACGGCACGGUCGUGCGCUGCCGGAUUCGCAACGGAGGCGGGGCGGCCGUCACCAGCGGGACCACAAUCACCACCUUCGUGGCCCCGCCGACCCCCUCCCCAACACCGUCGCCCUCCAUGUUCAUCCCUCCCUCCCAGCGACCUUUGCCCGGCACAACAAGCUCGGAUUCCGUGGGGGCGAUCGUCGGCGGCGUCAUAGGCGGCGUCACCGGACUGGCCGCGUUCCUGGCACUCAUACUCGCCGUCCUCGCGUUCCUGCGGUUGGCCGACCGGCACAAAAAGCUCUCGCAGCCCGACUACGAGCAGCUGAUCUACGGCGAUGUCGCCGACGUCGCCCUCUCCAAGAAGAAGGCCGAGGCCUACAGGGAACUCGAGCGGGUACUCCUGGCCGACGAGGGCAGGCUGGCGCACGCCAUAUUCGCUUCGAUACGCCCCAACCAAUCGGAGAAGAUGGCCAAGGCCAUCAUUCGCGUGUUCGAGGCCAACCAGCAGGGCAGCGCGCUCAUGAUCAAGCGCAUUUCCCAUGAGGUCGACCUGGCGACCGAGGAGUCGACCCUCUUCCGCUCCAACAGCAUCGCCGCCAAGAUGUACUCGGCCUACGUGCGGAUGGUGGGCCUGCGGUACCUGUGGCACACGCUCGUCCUCUCGGUGCACUCCAUCAACGACCGCGCCUUUGAGGCGAGCGGCGACGCGGCCGAGGCCGGCGACCCGGAGCACUCCUCGACGGGCUCACUCACAACCGCCUCGUCGUCCAAGUCGAAGCGGCGCUCGCGCGCCCUUCACGCGCGCUAUAAGCUCGACACCGACGACAACUCGGGCCACACUUCGGACGUGCUCGCGCUGUCGAGCAUGGAGAUCGACCCGCUGCGGAUGAACCAGGAGUCCGACUCCACCAUCAACACGCUCGAGCUGUGGCUCGUGGCCCAGAAGAUGCUCAAGGUCAUCGUCGACAGCGAGCGCGCGAUCCCCGUCUCCAUCCGACGCAUCCUGCGGCACGUCAACGAGGAGAUCGGCGCGCGCUACGGCGACCUCACCCAGUACCGGGCCAUCGGCGGCUUCUACUUCCUGCGGCUCAUCUGCCCGGCCCUCAUGGCCCCUCAGGUCUACGGCCUCCUCGAGGAGCCCCCGCACCCGAUGGCACAGCGGCAGCUGAUCCUGAUCGCCAAGGUCAUCCAGAACCUGGCCAACGACACGAUGCCCGGCGCGAAGGAGGAGUACAUGGAGAAGCUGAACGCGUUCAUCACGUCCAACAAGCCCACGCUCGAGCGCUUCUACAGCCGCAUCCUGGACAACCCGGACAACGGGAAGGACGCCCACCCGAUGCCCGUGCCCGACCACGCGCGCGACAGCGCCCUCAUCACCAUCCACCACUUCCUCGCCCAGCACCGGGAGACCGUGGAGCAGGCCAUCCGCGAAGACCAAGAAGACAGCAGCGGCGGUGGUAGCGACGACAGCGAAUCGCUCGUGGAAGAGCUCCGCAGGGCGUUGGACGCUCUCGGCGACCCGUCCGGCGACGAGGCCGUCUGA